AUGUGUUCAGAGUCAGAUCAAUAUAUGUGCGAUUGGGAGAAUAAGUAUAACGAACAAUGUGAAUUAACUAAUGAAAUCAUAACUCAGUAUAACUCACUAAAAUUAAAUGAAAACAUAAUUAAAAACAAAUUAAAAGAAAUGAAAGAACUUAAAGACCGCUUCUAUACAGAGUUGUGCAGUUAUAAAGCUGAAAUGGAGGAAAAAAAUGRCUUAGUUMAAAAACUAAACACAAAUUUGAAAUCUAUGGAAGAGGAGAAUUGUAAUUUACGCAGGCAAAUUAUUGAUGUGAAUAGUCAAUUUGGGAUGGACUCUAAAUAUACGACAACUGAAAACCUAGAUUCGAUGAAACAAGUCGAAACAAAUCCGAAACUUGAACAAGAUAAACUUUCUGCUAAAUUUAAUACCGUAUGCAAGAAAUUAUAUGAAAUGAAGAUUGCGUUCAGUGACGUUAGAAAUACAAUAAACUGCGAUAUAUUUAAUAUUGAAAAUGUGGUAGAUGCGAUAAAAAGACUGUCAGAGGCAGAGAAAUGUAAACAGAAAUUGUUAAUUCAGAUUCAUAAACUAAAAGAUAAAAAUUGUUUGGUGGAUGACGAGUUAACUCGCAGAAACAAAAAAAUAAAAGAACUACAACGAGAAAAUGAAUACUAUGUUUGUAAGAUCAAUAAACAUAAAAAACAGUUGCAAGAAUGGAACAUAAAAAAAGAAAAUGUUUCACUAUCGAAAAAUAUAUGUGAACAGAUUGAACAAAAAAACAAUUGGCCCGCAAAAACAAUUGGCACAGGGCCCCGAAAAUUUGACGAAAACGGGACUGGUUGUACAUGUUAA